AUGGAGAGUGGUCUGAUAUCGGUGGUGGACCGGUGGAGAAAUGGAAGUCAGUCUUGUCUUGACUCAUUUCACUCCGAUCACACUCGUGGCAUCUCCGGCGAUUGGUCCCAUGGACCUCUCUACUGUUCCCGCACCACCGCCUCUCUGUUUCCUUCCCGAUUCCCCGGAUUCGACCUCUCAUUGCUUCACGUCGUCCCUCUCUCUUCCUGGCGAUCUCUCUCUCUCCGAUCUACUUCCUCCUACUCCGACGUUCGCCUCCACUUCAUGGCCAUCGACGCCCACCACUGUCCCGGGUCCGUGAUGUUCUUGUUCCGGGGAGAUUUCGGAUGUUUUCUCUACACUGGAGAUUUCCGGUGGGAAUUGGAUCAUGUAGAAGACGAAGCAAGGACCACUCUCGUUGCUGCGAUUAACAAAUUCCCAGUCGACAUUCUUUACUUGGAUAAUACUUAUCGCCAUCCGAUUUACACUUGUUUUCCUUCCCGUCAAGUCGCUGCACAUCUGGUUGCUGAUAUCAUCAUAGGAGUUGACACUUUGGGAAAGGAAGACCUUCUUGUUCAUAUUUUGGUUUGGCCAGAGCGACUGCCUACCAUGCAUCUCCUUGGGUUCCAAGACAUUUUCACAACUGAUACAUCUUUUACAAGAGUACAAGCUGUCCCUCGGUACAGUUUUAGCAUUCACACACUCGAGGGGCUGAACUUGAUGUGCCCAACCAUCGGCAUCAUGCCUUCUGGUCUCCCAUGGGUGAAAAGACCUUUCAAAGGAGAUGGCAAACUCUCUGGUUCUCUUCUGACUGCAACCAAGUAUGAAACCAUUCGUGGUCAGAAAGAAUUACAAGCCGCGGUGCAUCAUUUCCAUGACUAUAUGUAUUCGGUGCAGUACUCUGAUCAUUCGUGCUACGCGGAGAUUGGAGAGUUUAUAAAACUCAUGAAGCCAAAGAGCAUGAAAGGAAUUGUGGUUUCAUCAUCUUGUUAUGUUGAGCCUCUCUACUAUUUUGGGCAUAUCAGCGGAGCUAAUCAACUGCCAGAGUUGCUGCCUUUGAGGUCCGACACCACCACAAAGCAAUUUCAAGCUGUUAGGAUCAAAUCGUAUUCUGGAAUGGACAAGGGGGUAGUGUCAGAGAAAGAAAAAAAGGUGGAAGAGAGAUUGUCAUUCAAGUUUCAUCAUAAAUGA